AUGUUGCGGCUUGCACGUUUUUAUUCUUUGGCCAGAACCAAAGCCAUACAUAGUCACGGUGCACCCUUCAGGCCGGAAUAUGCAUUGAAGUGUGGAUUGGAGAUUCAUACGCAAUUGAACACCAAAAACAAGCUUUUUUCACAAUCAACGAAUAGCGCCACAUCUCUAGUGGAUGCACCAAACCAUCAUACUAGUUAUUAUGACAUAGCUCUACCGGGAACGCAGCCGGUUUUGAAUCUGGAAGCAAUCUUGUUUGCCAUGAAACUAUCCUUGGCACUGGGUUCUCAAGUGAAUAGCAUAUCUCAGUUUGAUAGGAAGCAUUAUUUUUAUGGAGAUCAACCUCAAGGCUAUCAACUGACGCAGCACUACAGGCCGUUUGCUCGGGGUGGGAAGAUCAAUCUGUCGAAGGAAUUGGAUGAUAUCGAUGAAUCAGCCAAGGAAAUCGGUAUCUUACAGUUGCAGAUAGAGCAGGACACGGGGAAGUCACACUAUACAGAGACAGAUAAAGACGUUAUUACUUUGGUUGAUUUAAAUAGGUCGAACGUCCCGCUUAUCGAAUUGGUAACUAAACCAGAUUUCAGUGAUAUUAAACAGGUUAGAGCGUUUAUUAAAAAAUAUCAGAAUUUGGUACGUCAUUUGCACAUUUCCUCUGGGGACCUGGAAACGGGCGCCAUGCGAGUGGACGUUAACCUCUCAAUUAAUGAAUAUGCACGCGUUGAGUUGAAGAAUUUACCCAAUACUAGUUCCAUCAUCAAUGCAAUCAAGUACGAAUAUCAGCGGCAAGUUGAGUUGAUUUCUGUGGGUGACACUAGCUCACUGAUGGAGCCAGAAACAAGGGGCUGGACAGGCUCAUCAACGGUGAAGUUGAGAAGCAAAGAAACCACGAUCGAUUACAGGUACAUGCCUGAUCCAGAAUUGCCGUAUAUCAACCUCGCACCAGACGUUAUCAGUGGUGUGAGAGGGUUGAUGCCCCAAUUACCGGACGAUAUAAUGAGAAUUCUUAUGAAGAAACCCUAUCAAUUAUCAUUGAAGGACGCCAAGAUUCUGACUUAUAAUAGUAACCAAAACGAUAUGUACAAUCAUGAGGCGUUGAGAUCGUACUACUUAGACACCUUCCGUGAAUUUUCCAAGCUUGCUGGUGAACGUAGUAACGCGAAAUUACCUACGAAUUGGAUAAUCCAUGAAUUCUUGGGAGAUUUGAACAAGCUACAAAUUCCAUUGGCCAAAGCAAAAGAAAUUUUGCCUCCUCCGGUUUUCGCCCAGUUUUUGAAGUUAUUGCAUGAAGAGGUUAUAUCCGCAACUAGUGGUAAAAUGUUACUGUUUCACAUAUUGGAAAAUUUCGAGCAGAGUAACUGCCAAGAUUUGUCUAUUCCAGAUUUUUCAAAACUAAUCGAGAAAUUUGAAUUGCAUGCGAUUAAUCAGGUCGACCCUCAAGAAUUGAUGGAUCUCUGUAAUGAUGUCAUUGCACAGCACACAGAUGACACUUUUAUACGGAACCUGGUUACUGGUAAAAAGAAGUCCUCUUUAAAAUUCCUAAUUGGACAAGGAAUGAGACGAAGCCAGGGACGUAUAAAGGCAAACGAAUUCGAGAAAAAAUUCAAAGAGAUCUUAAAUAUUCAAUGGUAA